UUAAUUUUGUUCUCGAAAAUAUUUUUUAUUAUAAUUUCUUUUACUUUAAAAAAAAAACCCGUUUUGUUCACACCCACCAACCGAUUCCAUUCCCCCUCUCACUCGUGCAAAGGGAAGAUUAAAAAAAAAAAGGACAGAAAAAUAUAUAAAAAUAACAAUUACAAAAUAAUCGAAAGUCGAAACCAUAAAAUAAAUUAAAAGGAAAAAAGAAAAAACUCUGCCCUGUUGCAUCCAUCAAUUUCUCCCUUUCUCUCGGCAGAGGAAGUCGGGAGAAUGUGCUUUCUAGGGUUUUCUCUGCGCGGAUUUUUCUUCUGACACAAGCCACAGGUUCUGUUUUUUCUUAUUUUCCUAUUUUGUUUUCGGUUUUCGGUUCGUAUUACGGAGAAGAUUUGGGAAAAGUAGUCGGAUUUAGGGCUUUUUCGGAGGUGGUUUUGAUGUGCAUUGUCCUCCGUUUGGGGCUAAACUCGUGUGGAGCUCGCGGUUGAUCGUUUUGGCUGUUUUCUGAGCGAUGCGAAGAUGGGUUCUUGUGAGAAUUCGGUUGUGGUCGGCGAGCCUUUGUGUGCGUCGAUAUCUGGGCAGCAUUUAUGCGCGGAGCUUCCUCGCCCUUUAGUUGAUUCUAAGGUUGACCUUGCCGGUGCGCCUAAUAGUUGUCCUGACUUGGUCAGCAAUUACGACGAUUCUGGUAGUUUGAGCUCCGGUGAUGGGUUGGUGGGUGAGCGUAAAGAUGUGGAUGGUUUGGGAUUGGAGAGUUUGUUGACGGAUGAUUAUGGGCGUGGUGGAGGUUGUUUGGAUGAGAGUCGCAGUGGCAUUAAUGUGCGCGAAACUGAAAUUGGCGGGGAGUGCUUGCGGGAAGGUAGCUCUGUCAGCAGAGAUGGGUUGGUAGGCGAGUAUGAAGCCGUAGAUGUUUUGCCGUUGGAUGAGAAUCACAAUGUCAUUGAUGUCCGUGUAAAACAAAGCAGUGGGGAGUGCUUGCAGGAAGGUGACUCUGUUAGUAAUGAUGAGUCCGGAGGCGAGUAUGAAGUUGUGAAUGUUUUGGGGUCAGAUAAAUUGUUGGAAAAUGACUCCGCGGUUGGUUGGGGUUGUUUGGAUGAGAAUCGCACUGGUGUCAAUGUUGCUGAAAAAGAAAGCAGUCAGGAGUGCUGGCGGGAAGGUAGCUCCCUUAGCAGAGAUGGGUUGGUAGGCGAAUAUGAAGCUGCAGAUGUUUUGCCAUUGGAGAAUGUGAUGGAAAACAAUUCUGGGCAUAGUGGGGGUUGUUUGGAUGAGAGUCAUAAUGACAUCGAUGCCCGUGAAAAGGAAAGAGAUGGUGAGUGCUUGCUGGAAGGCACCUCUGUUACUAGAGAUGGUUCGGGAGACGAGGAUGAACCUGCAGAUGUUUUGGGGAUGGAUGAAUUGUUGAAAAAUGACUUUGCGUUUAGUGGGGGUUGUUUGGAUGAGAAUCACAUCAAUCUUGAUGUCGAUGAAAAAGAAAGCAGUGGGGAGUGCUUGCAGGAAGGUAGCUUUGUUAGCAGAGAUGGUUUGCUAGGUGAGUAUGAAGCCGUAGAUGUUUUGCCGUUGGAGAACUUGUUGAAAAAGGUCGCCGGGGUUAGUGGGGGUUGUUUCGACGAUAAUCACAAUGGUAUUGAUGUCCAUGAAAAAGAAAGUGGCAGUGAAUGCUUGCAGCAAGGUAGCUAUGGUGAUAAUGGAGAUGGGUUGGUAGGUGAGCAUAAAGAUUUAGAUGUUUUGGAGUUGGAGAAUUCGUUGAUAAAUGACUCCACAGUUAGUGGGGGUUGUUUGGAUGAAAAUCAGAGUGACAUCGUUGCCUGCAAUGCAGAGCGUUGUGGGGAGUGCUUGCAAGAAGGUACAUCAAGAGGCGAGGAUAACCUAGGAAAUCUCAUAGUGGACUGCAAGAUACACACGAAGGUUAUAACUGUUGCUGAUUUGCCAGCAAAUGGUGUUCAGCUGGAUGAGCAAAAGGAUGAAGGUGCCUGUUGUCUUUUCACUGAGGAGAUUAUGGAGGUGAGGGAAGAUAAAAAUGAUCUCUUAGCAAAGGUGAGCAAUGCUUUGUGUCUGCAGGAACCACCUUCACAAGAUCGUGAAAGCUUAGAAUCGCUUCCUGCGAAUGAUGUGCUGGGUAAUAAUCUUGAACAGGAAGAGCAGAAUUUUGAUUGUGUUAGUGAUCCUUCUUUGGGAAAUAUAACUGGGAAAAUUGUUGCUUCAGUUGGGUUGGAAGCUGAUAUGUGCACGGAGAUAUCAGAUCCUUUCCAACGUGGUGAAAUGUCUCUAGACUUUUCACAUUCAGGUGAAGAAGUGAGUAAUUAUGCCUGCGAAAAUUAUCAAAAUAAUUCCAGUGGUUUUCCUAUUGAGAGGGUUACCGAGGCUGUUGGAAUGGAAAGUAAUAUUGAUACGUCCAACCUAGUAUCACUUUCAACAAGUCUUGAGAAUGAGCAUAAGCUUGGGUCUCCUAUGACCUGUGUCCAACAAUAUGAGCAGAUGGAUGAAAAGAGUGGUGAUAGUCCUUCAGCAAAAGGGGUUGCAGAGUUUGUGGAGGAAAAAAUUGAUGUAACUGUUGAUACAAAAGUUGAAGUUGGGGACCAGAUGCUGGCUUUAGAAGAAAAUGCAUGCAAUGAUGCAUCUAGUUCUCUUAAAUCUUGUCAACCCUUGGGUGUUGUUGAUGAUGGGUCUUCUAAAACAUUGGAUUUGCCGCAUCAGCUUGGCAAUAGUUCUCAUGGUCCUAUUAAAUCAGGUAGUACAGUUGACUGUUCUGGAAAAACGGAUGAUGAAGGAAAUGAUAACGAGGGAGUCAAUUGUGUUUCUGAAGCAAAAUCUUGUGAUAUUGCAUCAUCAUCCUCUCAAAAGAAUAGUCGAAGAAGUAGAUCGAGCUGCAAGACUCGAACAAAAAAUGCCACAAGGAAAUGCAAGAAAACAGAAAAAGUAUUAUCUCCAAAUGGAUUAGUCAAACUUACUUUCAAGACUAGAAAGAAGAGAAGUUGUCUGUCCAAAUCAGCUCGUUCAUCUGCUUGGGGAUUGUUGGGAAAUGUUACACAGCUAUUCGAGCAUAGUAAUGGGCUUGAGGUCAUUCAAGCUCCAAAUCAAGGAUCGCAGAAACCAAAAGGUGGCAAAAAAAGUGGAAAGAAAAAUAAGAAUGGGGCUAAUAUAAAAUCAAAAUCACAAGGUUCCAGGAAAAACACUAGUGCUUCAAAUACUAAAAUCCGUUUGAAGGUUAAAUUGGGGAAAGGAGUCAAUCAAACUAUUGUGAACGUCAUGGUUCCCCAGGUUGUUGAUAACUCAACAUUACCUACUGCUGCUAGUUGUGAUGAUGGGACUAACUUGCACACAGCGUCCCCCAAAGCAGUGAACGGUGAGGUGGAUGACUGCAAAAAAUGUGAGGUUUCCAUGCUUUUCAAGUGUUUAAGCAGCAACGAAGAGAAGGCAACAUCUUGUCCAGAUGCUUCUGUUCAGGAUGCUCAGCUUGUUAAUAAUGACUUGGGCACCAACGUAGUCACAGAAAAGUCAGCUCCAGAUGCGGGAGACGAUUAUUUUGGGAUUUACUCCAGUGUGUUGGUUGAAGCGUCAGAAGGAGUGGCUGAAAGUAGAUGCAAAGAUCCGGGAACUUCACCUGAUUCAGAAGUUAUCAAUUUAAUUCCGGAUGCUCAUUAUUCAAGGCCUCAUGAUGAUUUUCAAUGUACGGUUACUUCUCCCAAGGAUCUUGCUGUUCCUAAAGAUCUUACCAGCAAUAAGAGUGGGAAGAAGAAAAAUAAGCGUUCUGGUUUAGGUAAUAGUACGACAGAAGAUAAAUCACCUCUUGCAGUGAGAAUAAACAAAGCUAAACUUUUGAAGCAAUAUGGAAGAAAACAGAACACUAAAAAUGGCAUUUGCCCUGUUGAUAAUCUUACUUUCUCGACGAGUGCAAAAGCCUCAAGCAACUCAUCCAGUGAUAAGGAACCAUCUGUAGUUGAACCAUUGCUCUCACCAGUGGAGACUGCACUCGGAGUUUCUACAGAGGCACUUAAAGUGGAAACUGAUGCAGAAGCUAAAAAACACUCCAACCUGGAUAAUAGCAUCAGUCUGCCAAAAUCACAAAAAUCCAAGAAUUUUCGUCCUUCUCCUAAAGCUAAGGGUCGUAAACUUCCCAAAGGCAAGUCCCAAUGCUCUGAUUCAGGAAUUAAAAGAGUAAAUUCUCGCAGCAAGAAGGAAUCCCAACGUAGUUCUGCUGGUAAAAAGAAGGUCAACGAGAAGUCUGUUUGUGAUCAGGUUGCUUGCAAAGUGGAAAGUCAGCCAGAAGCUGAAAAUCUCCUGGUAGAUGGCGAAGGAAAAGCCAACUCUGGCGAAAAUAUUGCAUCCACAAACAUAUCUAACUUGAACGUGUCACCUGCCGCUCUUGGGGAGCAGUAUUUACCCCCACGUAAUGCAUGGGUUCGCUGUGAUAGUUGUCAUAAAUGGCGGCGCAUACCUGCUGAACUUGCGGAUCGUAUUGAAGAAACUCAAUGCACAUGGUCUUGCAAGGACAACAUGGAUAAAGCAUUUUCUGACUGCUCAACCCCUCAAGAGAAGUCAAAUGCAGAAAUUAAUGCAGAAUUGGAGAUAUCGGAUGCCUCAGGUGAAGAAGAUGCUUCUAGAAGCCGCUUAAACUAUAAGGGGUUGGAAUGCAGGCGUCUAAGAGAUCAGCGAGAGACUCCUACAUGUAUCAGUAUCAGAACUAACCAGUUUCUUCACCGUAGCCGGAAAACACAGACUAUAGAUGAGAUAAUGGUUUGCCAUUGCAAACGACCUUCAGAUGGCCAGUUGGGUUGUGGAGAUAAUUGCCUGAAUCGAAUGCUUAACAUUGAAUGUGUUCAAAGUGCCUGUCCAUGUGGAGAUCUCUGUUCCAAUCAACAGUUCCAGAAACGCAAGUAUGCCAAACUGGGAAAGUUUCAAUGUGGGAAGAAAGGUUAUGGGCUCAAGCUGCUUGAGGAUACACCACAAGGAAUAUUUCUUAUUGAAUAUGUUGGCGAGGUGCUUGACAUGCAAGCUUACGAGGCACGACAGAAAGAGUACGCUCUGAAGGGUCAUAAACAUUUCUACUUCAUGACACUGAAUGGCAGUGAGGUAAUAGAUGCAUGUAUAAAAGGAAAUAAGGGACGUUUCAUUAAUCAUAGCUGUGAUCCCAAUUGUCGGACAGAAAAGUGGAUGGUGAAUGGAGAAAUUUGUAUUGGCCUGUUUGCGCUGAGAGAUAUUAAGAAGGGUGAAGAAGUGACAUUUGACUACAACUAUGUGAGGGUAUUUGGAGCUGCUGCCAAAAAAUGUUAUUGUGGUUCAUCCCAAUGUCGGGGUUAUAUUGGUGGUGAUCCUCUUAAUGGUGAUGUCAUUAUUCAAAGUGAUUCAGAUGAAGACUAUCCAGAGCCCAUUAUGCUUCCUGAGAAUGUUUACGCUGAAGAAAGCUUAAACAAGAUAGUACGCAAACCUAGUUCCUCCAUCAUGAAGAAGACUUCUGAGAGUACAUCCGACCAUAUACAUGAAAGGGAUAAACAAACACCUGCUGUGGUUCAAUCAGAGAUUUCCACGGGAAAAGAGGACUCCAUGAACCAUUCUGUGUCUGCUGUUUCCCAAGUACAUGAUGCAUUGGAGUUGGACUCUAAUGGAAUAUUAUCAUCUUCUGUACAACCUUUAGAAAUUUCCCAACAAACUGAAGAUGUUACCAGUGAACUCAUUUCUACUGUUCGGCUAGAAAGCUCCAUGGUAGAGGAGACUAUGGAAAAAACUCCCAGCUCUUCUGAAAGAUUGGAUUUUACACCUCCUGUUAAAGUGCAUAGCAAAUCUCUAUCUGAUAGUUUUGAGGGUAAAAGGAAGUCCAAGUCUGACACAGCUGAUGAUCAGCGGCUUUCUUCUAAAGCUCAUCCGAAGGUGAAAACUUCUCGCCCUUCCAGUACUGUUAAGAAGGGUAAAGUUAAGAGUGCUCCUCCAAGUACUAGCAAAGUUCAGUUGGCAGUCAACAAACUUCAGGUCCCACCCAAAAAAGUGAUACAAGGUUCUUUUGGGAAUAACUUUGAAGCAGUGGAGGAGAAGCUUAACGAGUUGCUGGAUGCUGAUGGGGGAAUAAGCAAACGGAAAGAUGCCACUAAAGGCUACUUAAAACUUCUUCUUCUUACUGUGGCAUCAGGUGAUAGUGCCAACGGUGAAGCAAUCCAGAGAAAUCGAGAUCUUUCAAUGAUCCUUGACGCCCUCUUGAAAACAAAAUCACGGGUGGUACUAAUUGAUAUAAUCAACAAAAAUGGUUUGAGAAUGCUACACAAUAUAAUGAAGCAGUACAGAAGAGACUUCAUAAAGAUACCAAUUCUUCGAAAGCUUCUCAAGGUCUUGGAGUUCUUGGCAGCUAGGGAGAUUCUUACUUCAGAACAUAUCAAUGGAGGUCCUCCCUGUCCUGGAAUGGAGAGUUUUAAGGCGUCGAUUUUAUCACUGACUGAACACAACGAUAGACAGGUCCAUCAAAUAGCACGAAACUUCCGAGACAGGUGGAUUCCAAAAACUCUCAGGAAACUUGGUUUUGUGGAUAGAGAUGAUAACAAGAGAGAGUUUCCUAGAAGUUCAAACUGCAACAGAUAUUCUGCAAAACAAAACAAUCGGUCUGAUCAUUAUGGGAGAUUUUCAGAAGCAAGCAAUAGUGUCAAGCAAUCAACACCUGCAACAACUUUGGUAGAUGAAGGUAUCCGGGAGGGCUCUUCUGGAUCUUGUGCUGGUGUUUCCCCUACCAGUGGGACUAAAACCCGCAAGCGUAAAAGCCGAUGGGAUCAGCCAGCUGAGACAAAUUCAGUUUUGUUCUCUCUUCCACACAAGGAACAGAAGAUUGAGUCUAAACAGUUUGAGACCCCUGUGCUCCAUCGAGACAAGUUGAACAGAGAGGAAAGUAAUUGUCCUGGCUCUGUGAAUGAUUGUUGUCAGCUUGAGAUGGCCAAUAUAGCACAUGAGGCAAAAAAGAACAUUCUUGAGGAUGUUCCACCGGGUUUCUCAUCUCCCCUUAAACCUCCUCUGGGUUCAUCAGCUGCUUCAUCAACGGCUUUCCAUUCUCAGUGUCCUCUUGACACUGUUAUUGGGUAUCCACAGGAGAAAUUCGUUUCUCGUUUACCUGUCUCAUAUGGAAUCCCUCUCUCCAUCAUGCAGCAAUUCGGAACCCCUCAUACAGAAACAGCAGGAAGUUGGGUUGUCGCUCCUGGCAUGCCUUUCCAUCCUUUUCCACCAUUACCCUCAUAUCCUCGUGAUAAGAAAGACCCUUCGCCUUCUGCUGAGGUCAACCACUUGUCAGUUAAUCAACCUGCAGAAGAAGCGCAACCAGACAGCCGUCUUCCUACCACCAACUCAAAUGAUUGCACUCCUAGCACAACUGGUGACCAACCAGCUACGGACAUUCCAUGUACAAUUAACCGUUAUACAUCGAAACGAGGCAGGGAAUCAUCCCAUGAUUUGGGAAGAAGGUAUUUCAAACAGCAGAAGUGGAAUAAUACGAAAUUAGGGCCCCCGUGGCCUUUGAGAAGAAAUGGAUGGGGAUGCAUGGGAAAUUCAGGAGACGGGACUAGCAGCGUAAGUAUAGGAAACAUAACAAACGAGCAUAUAAGUACAUAUUGUUCAGAGGAUUUAAGUUGUACGAUGGAGAAAGCUGGUAGCAAUUGUUUUCAGCAUCCAGAGCACCACAGUCAACAUUGAUUUAUAGGAAGGACAACUUGUUUUCUUUAUACUUGGUUGUAUUCUCAAUUCUUUUUUGCCCCUUUUAAUGGGUUCUUUCUGAAUGAAUUGCAUUCAAUAUUUGAAUUGGAGUUUAAUCCUAACACCCACUGAAAAAAGGGUUCUCCCAUUUGGUGAUGUGCUCUAAUUGAUAUUGGUCCAUCUAUAAUUAUUUUGUACCAUUCUCACGGGAAUUCAAACUAAUGAAACAUGAUGUCAGAUCAAUGAAUAAGAAAAUUGGCCAAGU